GUUUCUUACCUUUUGUUUCGUCCAAGAAUUAUGCUAAUUUGAUUGGGAUUUAUCAUGUGGUCAAUAGAUAAGUAUGAAAAAUUUGAAAACUCUGAGAUACAAUGAUUUGACCUUUAAAGUCAAAAUUGCUCCAAGAUUUUGUGAUGAAAGCGAAAGGAGCUGCAUAUGAUAAUGAUUUAUUUUAUCAAUUUGGACAAGAACUAGGAUUGACAUUGUUAAACAUAUCUCGAGCAUGGGAAACAGCCGAUUUGUGGACUUGAUCAGCUAUGGUAAACUCUUUAACCAGCAACAACAAAUCAGCACUAGGCAAACGCUUGGUGUUGGGUAGAAGAAGGUUUCAAUCAAUGGGGCAAGAUGGUCAAGGUGAACUACAAAGGGUAACCUAUGUGUUGCUGUUUACAAACAAAGGUGCUAAGAAGGUUGUUGGAUGGGCUCUAAGCCAUCAUCUAAUGCAACACGCUCAAGUUGACGAAGAGUCUUCUAUUUUGAGCAAAUUCUGGUGUGGGAAUAGCAACAUCAUACAAUACCGUAUUGAAAAUAUGCAAGCAGUUCAGAAUGAAUCCAACAGCUUGAAGAAAUCUUUAAAGGAUGUUGUAAUGGAAAAUGAGUUUAAGAAAAGGCUUCUAGCAGAUGUGAUUCUUCCCAGUGACAUUGGAGUAACAUUUGAUGAAAUUGGAGCAUUGGAAAAAGUUAAAGAUACGUUGAAGGAACUGGUCUUACUUAUUGCCAUUAUCAUGCAAAAAGGUCUCAAAGUGGUUUCUAGCCAGAAAUUAGGCAGUGAUAAACAGCUCCAAGGACAACAUGGUCGUUACAAUAUGUCAAAAUCAAACCACACGAGUGUUUUUCAGUUUACUAUUAAUCCCAUUACGAGUUAAUCAACCGAAAAAAAAGCUCACAUCUGACCUCACAGACCCCGCAACACGGGGUAACUUACCUAGUUAAUAUUUAUGCUUUCUAUGUUAUUCUUUUGAUUUUUUCAGGUU